CCGGGAUCCGGUGUUGCAGUCCGAAGCCCCGCUAGACUGUGGUCAUAUUUAUCCCAGUUUUCGCUUCUUACUCUUCUAUUUGACCCAUCACCACUGAGAUUUCGAGCUCGUGUCCGGCCUGACAACAAGUUACUCAUUCCACUUUUGGCACUCAUCAUCUCAUCCGUCGAUGUAACAUGCUUUCGACUCGUGGAGAAGCAUAUGCCAAGGCAGGCUUGGCCGAUGGUUAUAUCGGCCCCCGCAACGCCCAAUUUGACAAAGAUACCAAGCAGGGUGUUGUGUCUUUCAGCAAUGCUGAGAAUUUUCUAAUGCAGGACGUCAUGCUUGAUUAUAUUCGCACGCAGGUAGUACCAAGCCUCGACAGCACGAACCUCACCUACCAUGAAGGUCCCUUCGGCUCGACCCGCCUCCGAGCCGCCAUGGCUAAUCUAAUUGCGACCUACUUCCGCCCCGCUAUGCCAAUCUCACCUGAGCACAUCGUUUUCACAAAUGGCGUCACGAGCCUCAAUGCCAUCUGUGCUCUGAGUCUCACCAACCCCGGCGACGGAAUUUUGCUAGGGCAGCCCAUCUACGGGUCCUUCACCGGAGAUCUCCGCGUCCCGUCAGACUGCCAACUGAUCUACACUCCUUUCCACGGGGACGAUCCCUUCAGCAUAGACGCCGUGGCUCGGUAUGAAGAGACUUUUGUCAAGGCAAGGGACGAGCUCGGGGUCGCAAUACGAGCUCUCCUGAUCUGCAACCCCCACAACCCGCUGGGCCGAUGCUACUCUCGCGAGACCUUGGUGGCCCUACUGCAGUUCUGUCACAAGUACCAGAUCCAUCUCGUCAGCGAUGAAGUAUACGCGCUCUCGGUGUACGAGGAAAUUGAUCCUACUGGCGGCUAUGUCUCUAUUUUGUCGAUCGAUCCCGUCCCGCUCGGGGUAGAUCCGGCCCUAGUGCAUGUGCUAUACGGGAUGUCGAAGGAUUUCGCCGCAGCGGGGUUAAGACUGGGAUGUUUGAUUAGCCAGAAUCAGAGGUUCUUACAAGCGGCUUUGUCGUUAAGUCGAUUUCAUUGGCCUUCGAAUGUAUCCUGCAGUAUUGCCACGGCUAUUCUCGAGGACCGAGAUUUUGUGAAGACCUUUCUUCAGAGAAGCCACCAAUUACUUCGCUCACAUCGGGAUCUAGCGGCGCGAGUUUUGGAGGAGGCGGGGAUCCCUUUCUCGAAAGGCGGUGUUGCGGGAUUUUUCCUCUGGAUUGAUUUGUCCAAGUGUUUGGAUGAUGCGAUUGCGACUAGCCAGGGAGGGUGGGCUGCAGAGUUGGAUUUGUCUCGCCGGCUGCGACAUAGUGGGGUGGUGAUGUCGUCAGGGUAUGCCUAUCAUAAUGAGGUUCCAGGCUGGUUCCGCGUCAUCUUUUCGGUGGAGGUAGAGGGCCUGAAGAUGGGUUUGUCAAGAAUUAUCCAGUUGUAUCACGGCUCGGGGGAUCGUCUGGUUUCCGGUUGACUCCUGGGUUUUAAUAGAUGUUUAUGCAGAAAUUGUGUUUAGUGAUUGGAGAGAACGAGCUUAUUUUGCGUGAACAAGAUGUUUCAACCAUCCCCUUCCACACUGAACCCGUCACAUGAAGACACCUACGACGCCGAGGCUAAGGGAAGAAAAUACUCAGAAGGUUGAAGCAAAGAAUGGAAUUGCAAAACAGAACUGUAAAACCAAGGUCGGGAGAGAUCAAAAGAAGGUUUCUUCAUUCACAGAUCAGAUAAGGACGGCCGUGGUCAAUUAGUUAGUUAAAGUCGGAAAACACUGCUUAGUAAACCAUACUCCCCAGGGCAUGAUAACUAACUAAGUGACCAACAAACGCGGAUCUAUAGUAUUUCCUUCUUCCGGUCUGCACCCUGCCGUGUUCCAACACAUCACACGUAGCCACGUAGCCGGGGUCAUGUUCAGUCGGUGAACUGGCCGGUGACUUCAGAACCAAAUCCCCUGUAACCGCCUCGCAAGGAAAAUGCCUCGACGCCCUUGGCACGUAGAAUACUAGCCGCGAUUCUGCUCACAGCCCCAUCAUAACAAAUUAGGAGCACACGCCUAGCCUCUUGUGGUUUUCCAUCUUCCUUGGAGAAGAUCGAAGGAUUGUCAUGGGACAGAAUUCCAUCUAACUCUUCCCAUUGCUGCUUCAAGAUCCUAGGAUCCUUCCAUGGACUUUCCGUCCCACCCGAUAGCGAAUGUAGCGGAAGAUUAGUUGACUGCUCGACAUGCGACGCGUGGUAGUCUGAGUCCGCACGAAGAUCAAUGAUGUUGACCGGGGGGAGAACAUUAGGCUGAUUGGCAUUCUCAACAGCGUCCUCCUUUUCCAGAUGUGGUCCUGAUCCAUUGGCGCGUGACCGGGUUAUAUCAACACCGAGAUGAGUGGGUAGGUCCAAAGGAAGGAUUUCCCAUUUGCUUUCAUAUGAAUAGGUGUCCACUUUCAGGAGAG